AUGCGUUUAAUAUACCUCCUUCUAGCAGCUUGUCCCAGUGCAUUUGGACACAUCGAGAUGAGGAAACCAUACCCCUUUAAGAGCAAAUUCGACCCAGAAAACAAAUCCAACGACGUCGACUACUCGAUGACAACCCCACUCAACGCCGAUGGCUCGAAUUUCCCCUGCAAAGGCUAUCAUCACACCAAGACCUUCCGCGCUACAGCAAACUACACCGCCGGCCACUCCUACUCUCUCGAACUUGCCGGCUCUGCCACCCACGGCGGAGGAUCCUGCCAGAUAUCCCUCAGCGUCGACAACGGCACCUCAUUCCAAGUGAUAAAAUCCAUCAUGGGCGGGUGUCCGCUUACGCAGUCAUAUAUCUUUACCAUACCAGACACGGUGCCGUCCGGAAAAGGGUUGUUGGCCUGGACCUGGUUCAAUCUGUUUGGUAAUCGGGAGAUGUAUAUGAACUGUGCUCCUGUGAUCAUUACUGGCAGCACUUCCAGACUGUCCAAUCACAUAUUGCCGAAGAUGUUUGAAGCGAAUAUCGGAAACGGUUGCAAGACGGUGGAAGGACGAGAAACGGUAUUUACAAGUCCAGGAAACGAUGUUAUCUACGGUGGUAAGAUUACGGCUGGCAGUCCUCCAGUACCAAAGUGUUAG